AUGUCCCCUUUGCCCCAGCCACUCUCACCCGAUAAACCAACGGUUGUACGGUCGAGAGUGCGAUCCUGGCUGGCAGAUUGUGAUGAUUCCACAAACAGCGCCUCGGAUAUUGCUUCCAAGGAAGAUCUGACCGACGACGAGCAAGACAUGUCCAUUACUGAGAGCAAUGUCAAGAGCGUAGUCUUCAGCCAGGAGUCAGGGUCAGAUACACAGAGCAGCUACUCAGAGGUGAUGCAGCUUGAUGACGUGUGCAAAGCCACUGGUAGCGAGUGUGACCUUGACGAUGAACGUUGGGAUGGAUAUGACUUUAACCCAGCCGAUCUCAUCAGGGAUGAUGAAUCUGUUGUCACCGAUGAUGGGUACCAUGCAGGAGACAAAAAAAAGGACCCCUUCUCUGGCGGCAUAUUCACUUCUACAUCGAAGGCCUUUGUCAUUGCGCACCACCCGGAGCCAAUAUUUGACCUCCUUGCACAUCUCGUUGCCAUGGCCUUCUAUGAUGAAGCAUUGGACGCAGAGUCCACCUCACUCGAGGAUAUCUACUGGCAUCCGAUCCCAUCGCACUGCCAUGGCAUGGCGGUCAAGAUCAAAGGCGACAAGUUGGAUAUUCCUGUCUUCCGUGAACCUGAAAAGACUAAAGACGGCUAUCGUACUUCUAAGACAGAACCGCUCAAAGGCACAACAUGGCAUCAGUUCCUAAAGCAUGCUGCACUCAUCUUAGAACUGGCAAUCUGUUUCAGCCACUAUGUCUUGAGACGGACUCUUCUCAACACCGUAAACAAUAAAAUCCCCGCAUCGGUGCGAGACCAGAUUGCUGAUCAUGACUCGAACACUAUUCGGUACUACCUCAACGAUGUUGUGCAGGAAGACAUUGAGGCCAUUGUGAUGGACCUAGAUAUACCGUCCAGGGCAAGAGUGCAAGCGUUGGCACGCUCCCUCAGGCUUAAUGCUGACUCUGCGGCGCCCACUCGACCCACCAACAAGCAAAUCCAGCGGAUAGCAGCGCAUCCAAAGGUGCAAAGCCUCUCGCAGAGGAACCAGGAGUUGUCCGCCGAGAUCCGAGCAGCAGGCUUCCCAUCGAUUCAGGCAGCGGCAGGGACAGCUCUCUACCGAGAGAAGAUGAAAGUUCAGAGCAAACUAAACAGCGCGAAAAUUUAUCUCUGGAACCAUUACCGGGAGAAGAAUAGAAAGUGGCAUUUUCGCCAUGCAGAUACAGAACGGUUCAACCGCCGGAUCCAAGGCCGUCAGGAGCCCGAUGAACUUACACCUCGCCCCCCUCCGAUAUUGCAGAUCCCCGAGCGACAACAGGUUGUGGAAAUCGCUUGCAGGCCCCAAUCCGGCUUGACUCCUGAUGAUAUCUUCCGGCGGCGAUGCGCCUUCAUCAUGGUGCUGGUCCGCCUUCAAAGCCGGAAAGAAUCUGGUCCCCGGGGUCGGCAUGCACGCCGAACGCCAUCUGAGCAGCGUGCCCAGCGGUCGCUAACCCCCGAGGAACCGUUCAUUGUUCCCCAAACCCUGCAAGACCACGAAUGUCCAUUCUGCAUAUGUGAUACUUCACUUCCCACAAAGCAAAGAAAGAAGAAAUGGACGAACAACAACACCUUCUGGGAUCAUGUUGAGAAGAACAUUCACCGCGCUGAACUUGAGGGAUACGCAUCCGGGCAAAAGAGGUGUGGCAUCUGCCGAGAACAGGGCGUGGAGUGCUUUCCUGAGGGUAUCAUGGCAUUUAAAGCCCACACGUUCUGGGAGCAUGGCAGGAAGCUGCGAGAGUAG